AUGCAACUUGUUAUGGGAAUCGAUUCGAUUUGUGUAUACCACAAGGUGAUAGACUUUGAGACGGGUUGGGGAGAGUUAGCAGGUCACAGAGGCCUGCCAUCGUUUCUUCAGAUCAGGAAUCUAUCACUCCGCUAUAACUCUCGAUUUGUUGCAAUGGCAUCCCUCUUACAACUUCCAGCUGAUGACUCUGUAUUGUUACGUAUAACUCAUUCUAAUCUCAAGACAUUCUCUACCGAUGCUAGAUUCUCACUUGAGAGCACAGUAGAAGCUGUUAAAGACAAACUAUGGAAAAAAUGUGGCACUUCUGUUGCUUCAAUGCGCCUUGAACUAUAUGAUGACACUGGUGUUAAACUAUCAGACAUAACUGAUAAUACAAGACCUCUUGGCUUCUACUCUCCACUAGAUGGAUUUCGGCUACAUGUUAUAGAUCUUGACCCUUCAUCUGUAACAUCUGGUGGGUGGCUGGAGGAUACUUCAUUGGUGGAAAAAUACAAGAUUUCUGAUGAAGCAUAUGAUAAACUUGAUGGCACAUACAGAAAGUUUAAAGAAAAGCUUGGACCUCGCAGUAGUUCUGUCCAAGAAAAGAUGGAUGAUAGUUACAUGGAAGAUAUUUCUGCAAAUAUCAAGGUGGGAGAUAGAUGUGAAGUUGAUCCAGGGGCAAAAAGGGGAAUUGUGAAAUUUGUGGGUAGGGCAGAUACACUUGCACCUGGUUUUUGGGUUGGAAUCCAAUAUGAUGAACCAUUGGGGAAACACAAUGGCAUGGUAAAAGGGACACGGUUCUUUGAUUGUCCCCCACUCCAUGGAGCCAUGGUUAGACCAGACAAAGUAAAGGUUGGUGAUUAUCCUGAAAGGGAUCCCUUCGAAGAAGAAGAUGAAAUAUGAGAGGUCUUGGUAUGCGUGUGAAAACAUCGGUUUAUGUAAUGCAUUUAUGAAAUCUUGCAUCUUGCUAUUGAAUUUUAUGGAGUAUUAAUUUUGUUAGAAUCGUAAGAAUGUCCUUUGACUUGUACUUAUGCAAAGCCUAAAAAUAUCGUUCAUUACUCGUGUAAGUGUAAGUUUUAGGUACUAAAAAUACGUGAUGACACUAAAAUCAGCAACACAAUGGAUGUUUCUUCAAAUGUUGUGUAAAGUAUAUUUUGUCAAGAGACUUAAUUUAGACAAUUAAGAUUUAAUAACAGUAUAAUUUAACCGA